CACGCAGUCGCUCUGGGGAAGUGCCGUGACAAUACAAACUGUCAAGCGGACUUUUGGUACGGUAGGGAGUUGAAGCUGCCCGGGCACCUGCAGUUGAGUCUGCAUGUCCCCUUCAACAGUUCAUCGGCGAUAUAACUUUAAUGUUGUGGAAUUACAUGUAUGCAAGGGAACAAAACAGAUUUGUUGUAGCCUACCAGCGGUAUCCCAAUGACACAAUGACUUCGGCUUUCCCUCGAUCGGGAUUUGUGGUCAUGUGCGGGACUGUAGUACUAACUCUUGCCCUGUACCCUAUGCUGAGGACACUGGUUGUUCAGAUCCACUCUGCUGUCACGGGGAGCUAUGUGGCAGGAUAUCACUCUGUGCUGCUCAUCAACUGUCCUACUGAACAGACUGCCAGAGAUGUUGGCAGGGGCAUCAUGGAGAAAAGACUGGCGGCAUGUGUGAAUAUAUUUCCCCGCACUGCCACCAUGUACUACUGGAAAGGAGAGAUUCGAGAGGCCUCAGAAAUACUGCUGCUUGUGAGGACGAGAACAUCUCUAAUACAGAGACUUAUGGCUUAUGUAAAAGCUGUGCAUCCAUAUGACAUUCCAGAAAUCAUUAGUUUUCCUAUUGAAGAUGGAAGUCUGCACUACUUGAAGUGGAUGGAAGAUGCAGUCCCUGAUAUUUGACACAUGAACAUUUACAAUCCUGUGGAGAAGCAGCCCUACUGGAAACUCAGUAUGCAAAAUUCUCAGGUUAAUGGGAACCUGGACCCAUACAGAGGAAUAUUGAAUGAAUGUCUCUUCAUAUAAAGAUCAGUGUACACCGAUCAGCCACAACAUUGAAAUCACCUGCCUAAUAUUGUGUAGGUCCCCCUUGU